AAUUUCUACCUGUCGCCCAAGGACUCGAUCAUGGGUCUGCUGAAACCAUUCCUCCUGGUACUUGCCACAAGUGCCAUACUUGGAAGUGCCUCGUCAACAACAUCAGAACCAACUACAGUUACCAAUGGAACAUCAACAGAAUCAACUACAGUUACCACUGGAACAUCAACAACACCAGAAUCAACUACAGUUACAACUGGAACAUCAACAACACCAGAAUCAACUACAGUUACAACUGGAACAACACCAGAAUCAACUACAGUUACCACUGGAACAUCAACAACACCAGAAUCAACUACAGUUACCACUGGAACAACACCAGAAUCAACUACAGUUACCACUGAUACAACAACAACACCAGAAUCAACUACAGUUACCACUGGAACAUCAACAACACCAGAAUCAACUACAGUUACCACUGGAACAUCAACAGAAUCAACUACAGUUACCGCUGGAACAUCAACAACACCAGAAUCAACUACAGUUACCACUGGAACAACAACAACACCACAAUCAACUACAGUUACAACUGGAACAACACCAGAAUCAACCACAGUUACCACUGGAACAACAACAACACCAGAAUCAACUACAGUUACAACUGGAACAACACCAGAAUCAACUACAGUUACCACUGGA